UUACAAUCAUCUCUCUCAGUACACUGUGCACUCUAUUUACAGCUGUACUGGCCUCUUUUUCCAAGAUGUCGGAUGCUAAGGCCCCCCUUCAUCCCAAGAGGAAGAAGCAGGUGGUGGACUUUCUUCUCCAAUUCAGAUGGAUCAUUGUUAUCGUCUUUGUCCUUCCUUUUUCGUUCCUGUUUUACUUCUCCAUAUAUCUAGGGGAUGUUAAAUCUGAGAGGAAAUCAUAUGAGCAGCGUCAGAAGGAACACGAUGAAAAUGUUAAAGAGGUCGUGAAGCGCCUUGGGGAGAGGGAUGCAUCAAAGGAUGGUCUCGUCUGCACAGGCAGGCCUCCGUGGGUGGUUGUCGGAAUGAGAAAUGUAGACUAUAAGCGUGCUCGUCAUUUUGAAGUUGAUCUUUCUAAGUUCAGAAAUAUACUUGAAAUUGACAAGGAAAGAAUGAUUGCUAGAGUUGAGCCUCUGGUCAAUAUGGGCCAAAUCUCUAGAGUUACUGUCCCAAUAAAUCUUUCCCUUGCAGUUCUUGCUGAGCUUGAUGAUCUGACCGUUGGUGGUCUGAUCAAUGGCUUCGGGAUUGAAGGAAGCUCUCACAUCUUUGGAUUGUUCUCUGACACUGUUGUGGCACUUGAGAUAGUUCUAGCAGACGGACGGGUGGUUAGAGCUACAAAGGACAAUGAGUAUUCUGAUCUUUUUUACGCUAUCCCGUGGUCUCAGGGGACAUUGGGUCUUCUUGUUUCAGCUGAAAUCAAGCUUAUACAAGUUAAGGAGUACGUGAGACUUACCUACAAACCUGUAACUGGUAAUCUUAAAGAGCUUGCACAGGCUUAUGCGGAUUCUUUUGCACCUAGAGAUGGAGACCAGGACAAUCCUUCUAAAGUUCCAGAGAUGGUAGAAGGCAUGAUUUAUAGUCCCACAGAAGGUGUUAUGAUGACCGGUAGAUAUGCUUCGAAACAGGAAGCCAAGCAAAAGGGUAAUGUAAUCAACAAUUAUGGUUGGUGGUUCAAACCAUGGUUUUACCAGCAUGCUCAAACUGCACUGAAAAGAGGGGAAUUUGUGGAGUACAUUCCAACUAGGGACUACUAUCACAGGCACACAAGAUCCUUGUAUUGGGAAGGGAAACUAAUUCUUCCAUUUGGUGAUCAGUUCUGGUUUAGAUUUCUCCUAGGAUGGCUCAUGCCACCCAAGAUCGCUCUGCUCAAGGCCACUCAAAGUGAGGCUAUCAGGAACUAUUACCAUGACCAUCAUGUCAUUCAGGAUCUGCUUGUUCCUCUUUACAAGGUUGGAGAUUGUCUUGAGUGGGUCCACCGCGAAAUGGAGGUAUAUCCUAUCUGGCUCUGCCCACACAGAAUUUACAAGCUGCCUGUGAAACCUAUGAUCUAUCCUGAACCAGGAUUUGAGGCACACCGCAGGCAGGGUGACACUGAAUAUGCUCAGAUGUAUACUGAUAUUGGCGUCUACUAUGUUCCUGGAGCAGUCCUCAGGGGUGAGCCCUUUGAUGGUGCAGAGAAAUGCCGCCAACUGGAGCUUUGGUUGAUCGAAAACCACGGGUUCCAGGCUCAAUACGCGGUCACUGAACUGACAGAGAAGAACUUCUGGAGGAUGUUUGAUAAUAGCCUCUACGAGCAGUGCAGAAAAAAAUAUAAAGCCAUCGGAACCUUCAUGAGCGCGUACUAUAAAUCCAAGAAAGGAAGGAAGACGGAGAAGGAGGUGCAGGAAGCCGAGCAAGAGAAAGCUGAACAAGAGACUCCAGAAGUCGAUGAGCAAGAGAAAGCAUAUUGAUUUUAAAUCAGUUUCAUUAGAUUUUCUCUGCCUUUUGUCAUCCAUUUAGUUGUGCUAGUCUGAACUUUCAGUUUAAAUAACCAUCUAAAUUCAGAUAAUGUUCCAAAUAAUGGUAACUGCAGUUCGAAAUUCAGAUGAUGGUCCAAAUAAUGGUUCACAUGGAUCCGUUUCCGUUUCGUGUUAUUUAAAAUUUUGUGGUAGCUUUCAAGAAGGAAUCAAUUGUUUUCUUUAGA